AUGGAAGAUUUGAAAAAGGAGGGACUAAUGGUUCCCCCAAUGUCUUAAACUCAAGGUAAAUUUCACAGAUCAGCAACCAUCAAAAUCACUCCAUAAAUUACUACUCAUAAUACGAAUCCUUUGGAGAUGUCUGGUAAAAAGAAUGAUGGAGCCCCAAAUCAAUUAAUUAAACCGAUGACAUCAUAGAGCUCAUUUAAACUUGCUAAAAGAGCAGGCUCAAAAAAUGCUAAGAGAGACCUCAAUCUUCAGACACCAGACCAGAACAAACAUAAAGAACUAGCCUUUAUCGGUGAUACUGAAAAAUUCUUGCUUUUUGCCCCUAAUAUCUAGUUCGCUGAAGGUGAAAAUUAUGAGAGCUAACAAGUCCUAAUAAAAUAUAUACAAAUUCUACAAAAGGCUAGCUAAGGAGAAGAAUCUAAUCUAUCUUCUGAUCUCGAUCUGUUUGGAUAGGAUUUCCAGGAACAAGAAAGAUUUAUCUUUGAUCAUUCUAGAGCUUAGGUUGAUUAUAUUUCACAAUUAAGGCUAAAGUCUCAAAAGCUAUUGGACAUUUUAAAGACUUACUUUCAAAGGACUCCCAUCUCUAGUGAUAAUAAUGUCUAAAAAUUCAAUUUCAGAGAUUAAAUUGAGGGAAUGAGUAGAGAAGAGUUGCUAAAGAAUGGUAGAUAAAAAGAGAUAGAACUUGAGGAUAUUAGAUAGCGCUUGAUUUUGCUGAGAAAGAAUGCGAAAAGAAGCGAGCAAGAAAAUGACGAAAAUUUCGAGAUUGAGAUUCCUUAGACUUCAAUUGAUGUAGACUAUGCCUCAAAGAUCAACGAACAACAGUAAGAAUUCAAUAAGACUUAUCGACUACUAUCUGGCUACUAAAACUAAAUAUUCGAGAGAUUGAGAAGUCCUUAACACUUUGUGGAUCCCUAAGAAACAGAGAUGCUGCUUACCCAAUACUAAAAUUAGUUUGACAAAGUGAAGUAGAUUUAAGAUACAAUCUUUGAUGAGAAUACAACUCUCUAUGAUUAAAAAAUUGAUCUAGCCUCAAGACUUGAUACUAUGACUAAGAACAAUAGAUAUCUCGAGAAUAGACUUGCCUCAACACUUACUGAAAAAGAGGAAACUAUUAUAAAACUCAAAUCAGAAAUAGUUAUUUACAAAAGCAAACUGCAGAACUAUAAGAACAAGCUAAAAGAAGCUUUUAAAGGCUAUGAGACUAAAAGAAUAACUGAUUUGACUUAAAAGUAGUUAGAGCAGCUAGAUGAAAAGAACAUCACAAUAUAAAGACUUUAAAAUGAGCUUGAUGAAGUCAAAUCAACAAAUUAGUAAUUACAAGCAGAAAAUUAAAGUCUUUAAUUUACACUCUAAUAGAACUAAGAUAAUUUCGUUCUUUAAGCAGAGGAAGAGUAAAUCAGAAAUCUAGUUGAGCUAUUUGGGAAUGAUAGAUUCUAACUUAGCUUUGAAAAUGACAAAGAUUUACCAAGUAUCAUUUCAAAGCUUUCUAAACGAUUAAAAGAGAUAGAUUAGGAGUAUUCAUAUAAGCUAUCCAAAGUGGACAAUGUGAGAGAUCUGACUUAGAAAAAGCUAAAUAUUGAGGAGAAGGAGAGAACUUUCAUGAAUAUGAAGCUAGAGUAUAUGAUUAGCAAUUACAGAAAAAUGCACAUGCAGAAACGCUUUUUGGAAAAGAGUCUUGAGAAGGACAUGAAAAAUCUAGCCUAGGAAAUGAGGAAGGCAGAAACGGAAAUCUAAAGAGACAUCUAUAUUGCCUCUAACUCAGCAUAGACAAGAAUAAACUCAAUGUAUUCAAUUAUCAAAGAGUCAUUGAGAUAUGUCAAGGAAAUUAUAAGUUUCAUGAACUUCGAUGUCGAUAGACUCAAUGAUGAAGAGUAUCUGAAUAAUGUAGACUUUACUGCAGACUAAAAGGGAGAGAUAGAAAUCUAAUUAAGCUCAAAGGAGGAUCCGCUUACGAGACUAGAGAAGUCUAGACUUAAUUCUGAGAAAUAACUGAUUGAAGAUGAUCAAUAAGACUAAAAGCAGAUUGAGUUAGAUAAGAAUGUAAAGGGCAUGAACUAGAAAGUUAUCAAAGAGAUGAAAAGUGGUACUGUUUCAUUGGAAACUUGCUAUUACAAGCACAUUUAUGAACUGUCCGAGGUCCUACUAACUAUUCUCAGUGAGAUCUAUAAGGAGUCUAGGACUCAGACGUCUGUUGAAAGUCUUUAGCUGUUUGAUCUGCUGCAAUAGAAAACUAAUAAGAAGAUUGUGUCUGAAAUUUACAAUAAAUUCUUCGCCUAAAACAGAAUCCAUUUUGCUUAGUAUCUAAAUAAAAUUGGUGAGAAAAACUUUGAUCUUUAGCAAGAAAGAAUUGAACUCAAACAGCAAGUGCAUAGAUUAAGCAGCUAACUCCAGGAAUUGAUGGAUGAGCAGGAGAAAGAGUAAGAGGAAGAACUCAAGUAGCAGCAAGAGUAGCUUCAUUUCUAAGAAAUGGUGGAGGAAGAGUUGAAAGAACAGGAUUUAGGAGAUCAAACAGUGACUAAUGGAAAUAGAGGCUCACUUGAGAUGCUUAAGAAUCAAUAGAAUAUAAUGUUUCAUAGAAAUCAAACUGUUGGUAAUUCAGCCUUGAACUCUAACAGGGAAGAUCUUGGAAACACAAAUUCAAUGUCAGAUAUUAAUAAGGAUCAGAGCGCUACAAGAUAGCCUUUCAACAUCAAGGAUUUGUUUUUGAAUCUUUAGCAAACUUCAACUCUUGGAAAAAACAAUUAAUCAUCAGCUGCAGUUGCCUCUGUUUUAUUAAAGUCAUAAGAAAAGAAAGUUAUUGAUAUGAUGGCUGCUGAAAAUAGCGCACUCAAAGAAAGAGUCAGAGAAACAAGAUUGCUACUUCAGCGAUAAAUAACUGAACUCCAAGAUCAGCUCAAAGCCUAGAAGGAGUAACAUUAUGGUGAAAAGAAUACGAUCAAGCUUGAGUACAGCAAAGACCUAAGUAUCUUGCAUAAGAUGCAGAAGGAAAGAGAGCUGCAAAUCAGAGAAGAAUUUGUUAAGGAGCAGGAAAUGCUAAAGCAGGAGUUGAUGAUUAACUUUGACUUGGAGAAAAAGGAUUUGAUAGAUGAUUAUGAUGGCAAGAAUAGGCAGAUUUAAAUCGAGUCAGAAUUAUGCAACAGGAAAAAAGAGGAGCUUGAGAAAGAACUUAGAAAAUUAAAAAAACUUAGCAACAAAGUAAGUUAAGGGGGUUGGGGAACAUUUUCUAUUGUAUUUGAGGAAUAUGCAAUCAAAGAGACAUCUCAAAACUAAGGUACCUCAACUCCUCAGAUGGUUCCUAAUUCACCAUAAAAGAGCCCCAUUGAUAUCUUCAAGGAUCCUACUAAGCCUAAAACAUUGACGAAACCCUUGAAUGUAGAAGACAGUCUUUCUGAUAGUACCUAGAAAGAGAACUAAGAGUAAACCUUUAACAAUACAAGAGAAAUCAAAUUACCUCAACUAAACCAUUUCAUCGAAGUAGGAUUCUUAAUGGAUCAGAAGAGCUUUACCUUUGUGGAUGAUUAUCAAGAGAGAACUCAUAGAAGUAUGCUUAAGAAGCACCUUUUUGAGUUCCAGGAUCCAAUCGAUAACCAUAAAAUGAUAUAACUAUAGAAUAAGAUCAAGUAGCAGCUAGUGGAAAACUUUGCCCUUUUCAAUGAGAUCAACCCUAUUUAUAUAACCUUAAAUCUCGGAAGAACAAUUUCUCCUUUCUGGGAUGAUAGUCUAUCUCAGGAUCAUUUCAAAUUAAUCAAGAGAGAGGGUCAUAAGCUAAAUGGCUAAACAAUAAUCGUAAACUUCUUGAAAUGCGAUGAACCUCACUUAGUAAUUAGAGUUAUUGCUUUUGAUCACGAGAAAUGCUAGCAACACAGCUUUGAUCUUUUGUUUGAGGAUCUUAUGAUGAUAAUAGAUGGUAAUAUGAAACUUUUAGAAGAAGAUCAUCUUCAGGAUUUAUGCUAAAUAAUACUAAAUAAUCUCACUAUGAUUAAGAGAUCGAACUAGAAGAACAAAAGGUUAAGAGAUAACAGCAACGAUGAGGAUGAUGAUGAAGAUGGUACUACUUUAAGUACAAAUGGCAAAGCUAGUAGAAUUUAAUCACUUCUGGAAAGGAGAUAAGGCAGAGAAACUAGUAUUGUAACUAACCCUACUGUUGAUUACUAUCUUGCUGUUGAACAUAAAUUAUUCUUCAAGGAGUAAUACAGGGCAGUCUUUGAUUAGAGUAACAAGAGCAUCUUGUCAAAGCAUGAUAAAAGAAAGAAAGGACUAGUUUAAGAGAAGUAAGUGGGCACUGAUUUUGAGAAAAUGAUAAUUUAUGAGGCGUUUGAAUCUAUAUAUGAAGAAUAAAUUGGAAUAAUGAUGGGGAAAGACCAAACUUAGACAAUGUAUGUCAUCCUAUUGAGAGGAAAGUAAUCUCAACAUCUCUAACUCAGAGUUAAAAUUAAUGACACAUUCAUAGACUAAUACCUAAUGCUAUUUUAGACUGAGCUUUCUAAAGAUAGGCAAACUUAAUAGAUGACUAGUGAAAUAAUUAGGCUACCUUAACAGCUAGUUUAGGAUACAUUGAUUGAAGGAUUCAUAUUUGCUCUUGAGAGAAUUUAUGGCCUUGACAGUAUAGUAAUUAAGAUUGUUGCAAUAUCUAAAUAUGAUAACCAAAGAAUGGAGAACUUCCAGUGGAACCCUAAUCAAUAGCACUAGUUUGGAUCUCUGAUCUUUACAGAGUAAUUGAUCUAUCUCUAGAAAAUAAGCAAUAAUAAGUACAUAAAGCUUAAUGAAUACGAGAUUCUGAGUACUGAAAUUAGAACAUUAUUGUUUAUGUACUCAUAUGGAUAUGAGUCUUACUUAAAAGAUUUUGGAAGAUUAUCGGCUAUUUAAAAUUUGAACAUAAAAACACCAAUAGAGAAAUAGAGCUUCGCCACUAUGAAGCUAAUCUUCAGAGAUUUUGGAAUCGUUAGAAUCAAGCACGUUGGCUAAAAGAAAAUUGAUGAUUAUGAUGAAGAGGUUAAUGAUCAGGAUUAUUUUGAAAAUGUAUUUGCACUAUAUUCAUUCUAUGACGACUUGAGUUGCCUGACUAAUAAAGAGAUACAUAUUCAUCUUAAACUGUAAACUAACUAUGAAGAGUUGCAUAGAAAGAUAAGCAUCAAGGAUAUUCUGAAUGAUUAACAGAUAAUUUCAUUGAAGAGCAAUCCCGAGAAGUACAUGAAAAUGAUAAUAAACAAGCUAAUCAUAAUUUAAGAUAGUAAAUAGGAAAAGGAGAUUAUUGUUGACCCUGAAAUCUAAUCAGUCUAGGAAGUAAUUGAUGAGAUAAAAAGAUAAAAAUAUCUAGCUCAACUAGAUUAGGUUGACUUGAUGGAUACUGAGAUAGAUCAAAAGUCAUUGUAGAUUAGUCUAAACUAGUUAGCUGAAUGCAAUAAGUAAACAACUGUCUCUAUAAUCAAUAGAAAGGUAUUUAAGGUCACAUCAUACUUCGUGAUUAAUUUAAAGAAUCUCAAAAUUCAGUAGCAACCUAAGAAAGCCUUUGACUGGCAGCUAAUCUACAUAGAUGCUUAUUAAAGAUAAACAGCUAAAUCUUUCAUUAUCAUCAUUACUGAAAAGGAUAUUCAAGAAAUUUUUAAUAGACUCAAGAAUGUUCUUAAUAAAAAUGGAGAGUAGCAAAGGCUGUUGGAAAUUUACAAUGAAAAUGAGAUCUUCUCAGGAAAAGUCAAGAAAGACAUGAUUCUUGAUCUAGUAUUGGAUACAAUCGUCUUGAAUGAGAUCAAGGGUCAGCUACAGAUAUCCAUCACUCACUUGAUUAGCAGACUUGAGGAUAGAUUAAGAUUGAGACAAGACUUCAAACUUUGUGGUUCUAAAUUUAUAACAAAAAUGGGAGCAAUUGAAGAUCCAGAUCAUCUGGUCUACAAAACCAGCUUACCAUAGAUAGAAGUGACCCGAAAAGUAAUCUUGAAUAUAGAAAAGGAGUUUUCAGAUAAGAAAUACGAUAUUAAGAUCUACGAACUGACUUUAAAGAAUCUCAAAGAUGAGAAGAAAUAUCAAUUUGAAAUGUUCUGCAUUGAGGAACCUAACGCUUUAUUCAGGUCAGAGUACUAUAGUCAAGCUUAACUUAAGGGAAAAAAGCUUUUGAUUGAAAGAUUCAAUAUCAUUUAGCAGAUGCAUCAUGAUUAUGAAGAAAAUAAGUUCAUUAGAGAUGGAAUGGUACUUGCAGUUGUAGAAUAAAGUUUCCCUCACUAAAUAAUCUUUAUGAUCCUUGAACCUGCUAGUCACAUAUAAUGGCAAUUUGUUAUCAAAGAUAAUAAGCUGAACUAAAUUGAGGAUAGAGUAGAUAAGGAGUACUUUGUAGACUUAGCUCAGACUAAUAUUAAUCAAGGAGUAAUCGGCUAAUUCAAGUCCUCAGAUGAGAUAUUACUUAUUCAAAAUCUGGGCUACUAAAAGGAUUAUCAUGUAGCCUAGGUAGAUGUCUGGUAAGGUAAUUUAAAGAGUGCUUUCAAUGAUAGCUAACUUCUGAUUUACGCUAGAAGUGUAUAGAUAUUGGUUCCAGGAACACAAAAUGAGUAUAUUUUUGCAGAAUGCCAGAUUUACUCUCAAAGAAUAUUUAAUUCACUUCAAGUAAGAGUAACUUACGAUGAAAAGUAUGAUGAGGCAAGUUUUAUUUAUGAGACUUAGAGAGAGUCUUCAAGAAUUCUAUCAGGAUUCCUUUGCAUUGCAGGCACUAAAAUCAAGCUUGUUUACUCUAUUGAAACUUCUUAAGCCUAUACAUAGUAAGAGAAAGCAAUUAGAGUUAUAGUGAAAGAACCUUAGUUAAACCAGUCAAUAAUAGAUAUAAUCUUGGCAGAAAAGCAUCUUUUGAAUAUCAAGCAGACUGUAGAUAACAAAUAGCUGGUGAAUGUAAAGGACGAGAUUAAAUUUGCCUUCAAUACAGGAUUCAAGGAUUCCUAUGCACUUUUCUAGAAGCUGCCAGACUUAGUGAAUGAUUUCAAGAAAGCUUUCAUAUAACCAAUUCAGCGGUUCCAAUACAACUAGCAAGUAGAUACUUCAAGAUUAAUGUAUAGGAAGCUUGUGAAUUACUUGGACAGUACCUUGAUAAUUUUCAUCAAGUAUGAAUCCAUAGAACUGGCUGAGUAGGAAUGGAUAGUAGUUCUCUAUGAUAAAGAGACAGCUCUUGAAGAGCAAUUCAAAUUCUAAUUGGAGCAUAUACUAACUAAGGACGAGCUUAAUUCCCUUAACGUGAAAAAUGACAGAAUUAUGAAGGACAUAGUUUCCAGAGUGGUUGAUAAGCGACUCAAAAUCAAAAUCAUAGACGAUCAGUUCUAAAUUGUCAAAUUAUUAGAUAGUAACAACAAUAGUAAAGGAGUUUUGAAGAAAAGGUACUUUGCAUACUUUAUUGAUCCUCCUCUGGGAGUAGCAGCGGAUGUGAAGAAUAUAAUACCACAUAAUUUUGAUAUUAGAAAUAUGUUCAGAUUUUCUUUAACUAACCCUGAUUAUGUGAUACCUGACAUUGUAGAGCCAGGUACUCAAGAAAGAGUGAUUAUUGAGUUGAUGAAAGAUGAUUUGCAAUUUGAUGUAAGCGAGGUCUUGAAUCCUUAUGAGUUAAUUCUCAGAAUUAAGACGUAUUAUAGAGAAACUCUUUCAAUGAUAAGCUCUUGUGAUAUUAGAGAAUUUGAUAUAAGAAAAGAGUUAAUCAGAGAUUAGGUUUCAUUUUUAAUGGAGCCAUUAAAGAGAGUUGAUCUUGCAAAGUAUAUAAUAGAGAAUAUUUACUUUGACGAAGGUAGAAAGAGAGUAUUUUUUAUGAAGACUCAUAUUCAAGCAGAGCAAUAAUGA